GCGCAGCCUGCGGGUUGCCCCGGGCGAGGGUACGCGACGUGCCCUGCCGGCGAGCCGACGCUGCUGGGCCGGAGCGCCAGGGGCAGGGGACCAGCAAAGCCGGCGGGCGGGGAGGCGGCUUUGCCAGGGCCCGGCGCCAGCGCCGCAGCUGUUCUCCCAGACCCUGUUUUCAAUCCUUUUGGACAUAUACCCAGAAGUGGAAUUGCUGAAUCAUAUGAUAAAAAAAAAAAAAAGAUACUUGAAUAACUACAAAUGCAGAAACAUUUUAACACUCCAGGGUGACGAAUCUGUACCAGCAUGUCUGCCUACAGGAAUAAUGGGUAUGAGGAAGACCCAGAUUACCCUGACUAUUCAGGGUCUCAGAACCGUACAUGGGGCUAUUUGAGAACUCAGAAUUACCCAGAUUCUUCAGGUCCUUGGAGCAACUCAGACUACCAGCGCACCAGGAGCACCCCAUUCUCCGCAGAUUCUAGAACAAAUCCAGACUAUCCUGCAUCUCUAGAAGAACCAGAUUAUCCUGGAUCCCAGAGUCAUCCAGACUACCCUGGCACCAGGAGCAAUCCAUACUCUGCAGGCUCCAGAAGUUCAGGCUAUCCCAAAUCUCUGCCAGAGCCAGAUUAUGCUGGGUCUUGGAGCUAUCCAUACCAUCAAGGCUCAGCUAGACAGCCAGAGUACUCUGAAUCUCAACAAAAUUUUGACUUUGCUCAUUCCAGAAGCAGUGGAAACAAUGCAGGCUCCAGAGCAAAUCCAGAUUAUCCUGGCUCCUUGGGAGAACCAGACUACCCUGGAGCUCAAGGGAAUUCUCACCAUCCUGGCCCCAGAGCCAGUUCCAACCAUCCAGGCUCCAGAAGGAAUCCAGAAUAUACUGGUUCCAGAAUCAAUCCAUACAUAGAUACUCUGGGAGAGCCUGAUUAUCCAGGUACUAAGAAUCAGUCUGACUCCCCAAACUUUUUUGGAGAACCAGACUAUCCAGGUGCUGAGGACUAUGAGAACUCUCCAAACUUUGGGAGGAAGCCUGAUUACCCAGAUGCCGAAGAUGGUCGUGAUUAUGGCCCUCCUGAGACCUCGGAAAUGACCAAGGAGGUGCUUAGUAGAACAUCUUCAGUCCAGCACUCAUUCCAGUAUGGGGAUGAUGACCCUUUGGGCAUCCUUAGGGGAGAGAAUGAAGAUCACCGUGAAAGCAUUGAAAUGAAAUCCAUGGAGAUGGCGAAUCCAUAUGGCUACUCUGUGUCAGGUGCUCCUGGCAAUGGCUAUGUGAACCCUGCUUUUGUGGGUGAGAGUAGCCCCAGCCCAGCUUAUAGAAACCCACCAUUGUCUGGAUGUGAUUGGCACAAGUCACCCCAAGGACAAAAGUUAAUUGCAUCUUUGAUCCCCAUGACAUCUAGAGACAGAAUUAAAGCCAUCAGGAAUCAGCCAAGGACCAUGGAAGAGAAAAGGAAUCUUAGGAAAAUAGUUGACAAAGAGAAAAGGAAGCAGUCCUAUCACAUCCUUGAGCUCUGCUGCUGUGCUCAGUGUCUGAACUCCAUUUCCCUGGCAUACCGGCGAUCUAAAAACAGCCUGUUGGAACUGCUCGGUUCUAUUAGCUUUUGGCAGAAGACGCUUAAGGUCAUCAGAGGCAAGUUCGGAACCAGCGUCCUCUCCUAUUUCAACUUUCUGAGGUGGCUUUUGCAGUUCAACAUUUUCUCCUUCAUUGUGACCUUCAGCUUCAUUAUAAUCCCUCAGUUUACUGUGGCCGAAGAGAACACCCUCCAGUUCACUGGAUUGGAAUUUUUCACUGGGGCAGGUUACUUUAGGGACACAGUGAUGUACUAUGGCUUUUACACCAAUUCCACGAUCCGGCAUGGGAACAGUGGGGCAUCCUACAACAUGCAGCUGGCCUACCUCUUCACCAUCGGAGCCUGUUUGAUCAUCUGCUUUUUCAGUUUGCUAUUCAGCAUGGCCAGAUAUUUCCGGGACAACUUCAUUAACCCCCACAUUUACUCCAGAGGGACUGCUAAACUUAUUUUUUGCUGGGACUUCACUGUCACUCAUGAAAGAGCUGUAAAGCUGAAACAGAAGAAUCUUAGUACCGAGAUAAGGGAGAACCUGUCAGAAAUCUGUCAGGAGAAUGUCAAGUUAAUGCUCAAUCAGCGGCUGACUCGCGUGUCUGCCCACCUGGCAGCCUGGAUCAUCUCUACCGGAGUGGCUGCUGCCUGCUGCGUAGCUGUUUAUUACCUGGCUGAGAACAACUCAGAGUUCCUGAAGAGCCACAGGAACCCUGGGGCGGUGCUGUUACUGCCUUUUGUUGUGUCCUGCAUCAACCUGGCUGUGCCACGCUUGUACUCCAUGCUCAGGCUGGUGGAGCGGUAUGAGAUGCCACGGCACGAAGUCUACAUCCUCCUCAUCCGAAACAUCUUUCUGAAAAUAUCCAUCAUUGGAAUUCUUUGUUACUAUUGGCUCAACAUUGUGGCCCUGGCUGGUGAAGAGUGUUGGGAAACCUUCAUUGGCCAGGAAAUCUACCGGCUCCUUCUGAUGGAUUUCGUGUUCUCUUUAGCUGAUUCCUUCCUGGGGGAGUUCCUGAGGAGCAUCAUUGGGAUGAGGUUUGUUAUGAGCUGUGGCCUACGGGAGUUUGACAUUGCCAGGAACGUCCUAGAGCUGAUUUAUGCACAAACUCUGGUGUGGAUUGGAACCUUCUUCUGCCCUCUGCUGCCCUUUAUCCAAAUGAUUACUCUUUUCAUCAUGUUUUACGUCAAAAAUAUCAGCCUCAUGAUGAAUUUCCAGCCUCCGAGCAAAGCCUGGCGGGCCUCACAGAUGAUGACUUUCUUCAUCUUCUUGCUCUUUUUCCCAUCCUUCACCGGGGUCCUGUGUACUCUGGCCAUCACCAUCUGGAGAUUGAAACCUUCAGCGAACUGUGGCCCAUUUCGAGGUCUGCCCUUCUUCAUUCACUCCAUCUACAGCUGGAUUGACACCCUGAGCAAAAGGCCCAGCUACCUGUGGGUUGUUUGGAUCUACCAGAACCUCAUUGGAAGUGUGCACUUUUUUUUCAUCCUUACCCUCAUUGUGUUAAUCAUCACCUAUCUUUACUGGCAGAUCACAGAGGGAAGGAAGAUCAUGAUCAGACUGCUCCACGAACAGAUUAUUAAUGAGGGCAAAGAUAAAAUGUUCCUGAUAGAAAAACUGACCAAGUUGCAGGAUAUGGAGAAGAGAGCAAACGCCAGCUCACGCACACCAGAAAGGAGAGGCGUGGAGCAACCAGACCCUUUGCAUGUCAGGGAACAUGAUGCUGCUACUCAUGACCUGCGAUUUAGGCGGUCAGUUCAAGAAGGCAAUCCAAACGCCUGAUGAUGACUGUGGUAGCCAGACACCAAUCCAGUAAGGAUGGAAAGGAAAGACAGAACAGCUUCCAUGACCCUGGAGCCUUCUGGACCUUCCCAGAAGGGGAAUUCCAGCCCUUAGCCAGGAGUGGGAACAGACCAUGGUGUAAACACAGAAGUAAAAUUGACCAUGCCUUGUUGGUUUUUUAUACCAGAUUGCUGACUUUUCAAGAUACAAAAUUUGGGAUUUUCUAAUUAAGACUGUUGCAGUAUUUAACCUAGUUCACAAAAACCUGGAAAGAAAUUACCUGGGAAUAAUGUAUUCAACCUUCAAGAGAUGUGCAUAUGAAUUAUUGGUCCUUAGCAAUCUCUCCUUCCAGAUCUUCCAGACUUGGCAAAGGUUUGGAAACUGGUGCUAAGACAAGUGGUCCAGCCCGAAUAAAAAUGUGAUCCUUA